GUUGUUAAUGUCUCCCUCACGCUUUCCUAUUCAUCCCUGUGUUUCUCGUUAGGGUUCUACUGUAGACUAUACUGUUCACGAGCUCCUUCUCCGCCAUAGGGUUUACGCGAGAGGUAGGUAGUUAUCUGAAUGUCUAAUUCAAUGGAUGAGAUGUUGAUUCCGCCGAAUGCGAAGAGAGGAAGAAACAGUGAGACUGAGACUGAAAUUGAAGACAACAAAGACAGGCUCAGUGACUUGCAUGAUUGCAUUCUCCUUCACAUUUUGUCAUUUCUGAGCGCCAAAUACGCAGUUCGAACAUGCAUGUUAUCCAAAAGAUGGAAGGAUCUCUGGAAACGCCUUCCGAACCUUAUUUUACUCUCCUCAGAUUUUGACACAUUCAAGUUUUUCACCAAAUUUGUGUCUACCAUUUUGACCCGUCGUGAUGGCAAAACUGCGCUGCACACUCUCGAAUUUGAGCGUGUUGGUUCCAUCCAGUCUCCCCUCAUCAAAAGAAUAGUAAACUAUGCUGUUUCCCGCAAUGUCCAGCGAUUAGGAAUUGAUGUCGAAUUUGACAUGCAACACCUGCUACCUUGCAUUUUCACAUGCCAUACUUUAACAUCUCUUAAACUCAUUGUGUACCCGAAAGGUUACAGUAGGGGUAGCACUUUAUUGCCUGAGUCUUUGAAUUUGCCAGCUUUAACCACCUUGCAUCUGGGGAAGUUCACCUUUUGCUCAAGCGGUAACAACCGUGCCGACCCAUUUUCAGCAUUUAAGAGGUUGAAGAGUUUGAUCAUUGACCGUUGCGAUCUAAAGGAUGCAGAAACCCUCUACAUAUCAAGCUUGACGCUUGUCAGUUUAGCUUUGCUUGAUCCUCCCUCUCAGACCUUCUACAAAGUUGAGCUGUCCACACCAUGUCUUCAUAGGCUUGCUUGCACGGGUUCUCCUUCUCUGUACCUCGAUGAUAGCGGUCUUUCUUCUGUUCAGGAAGUAGAUAUUGAUAUAGAUAUGUACUCAUAUUCCCCUGUACCUCCUUUGAUCCUACUUUGCUGGCUUCAAGGUUUUGUUAAUGUAAGAUCAUUGACUGUUUCUACAAACACUCUUCAGGUUCUUUCCUUAGUUCCUGGUUUAUUAAAGUAUAAGCUCCCUUCAUUGACUAACAUGAAGAGAUUGAAAAUAAAAAGGGAACCUCUUUCAGAAGACCUGAAAAUGAUAAAGAUAGUUAUGAUAAACAGAGAGAGAGAAGCCACUGAGUCGCGGAAAGAAGCUGCCAAGUUACGGAAAGAAGCUGACUUGUUAUGGAAAAACAGACGGACGCUAACUGCACCUUUGCCUGAUGGAAUAGUGGACUUUUUGAUUCAAAAUUCACCAUCAGCAGAAGUUGAAAUCAUAGAUUGCUUAUGUUGAAAUUGGCAUUCAACUUCUUGAAGAAGGUAACAUGGUUUGGUUUUUGCUUCGUUCCCUUUAUUGUUAGGUCUUUUUGCUUAGAACUGGUUAUGAAUGGAUAAUUACGAGACCCUUGUGUAGAGAAACAAAUUUUAUGUGUAAUAACAUGAUUGCAUACUAUAUCAGCUUUAGUUCAUGCUCUAUAGCUAGGAUGGAGAGUGGAGUUAUGCAGUUGCUUUUGUUAAAUGAAAGAACGUUGUUGGUGCUUUUUGUUAAA